AUACUCCAAGACAAAGUUUGCCCCCAACUCCUCAAGACAUCUUUGGAUCGAUCUGUAGACAGGAUUCACUCGACCAUGAAGUUGAAGAUGUUUGCUCAAACUUCUUACAUAACAUCAGCGAACACGCAUCAAACACCUUCACAGCUCAGUCCCCGCUGUCUCUUGGUGGGUCGGCCCGGAUAUUCCACCGCAUCUCGCGCCUGCUUCAACCGGCUUCUCGAAGUUCUUCGACAAUUCUCCAUUUCGUCUCGUGAUCGUUCUCUAGAAAAUAUCCACGAUGUCGACGGAGAAUAUAACAACCCUCGAUGUCUCGUACAUAUUAAACGGCAGACAGUCAACCAUUGGGCAAUCCACAUCUAUGUCUUCCCACGGAAUCACGAGAAGCGAUCUGAGGAAAUGGCGUCUGUCCGAGAAGAACAAAGUUGAGCUGUUUGGAGUAUUCUGUCUUGGGAUACUGAUCUAUCUAUCAUGGCAACUCAUGUAUGGAGUCACACCAACAUACCUCUUAUAUUUCUGCCAAGUUUUUGUCCUGACGGGGGCAGCCUUGGGAGCAUUCAUAGCAACUCACAUCUCACUCAGUCUAGCACCUCACUGCACCCCAGCUCACAUCAUGAUCAUCCAGUACAUCUUCUUCCAAAUCAACAGUCUUAUCGGAGCCUACUUCCUCAGGAAACUGGAACGUGACAGCGCCAAGUGUCAGCAAAGCCAAGAGAACUUCCUCCUGAACCAGUUAAAGAUCCGAGCCAAUUCGCAAUAUGGGAGGGACUUUGAGUUUGAUACCAUCAAAUCGGUUGCAGAGUUCAGGGAACGCCAUCCCCUGACAGAUUACUCGCACUACGCAAAGUAUAUUGAGCGAGUUGCUGACGGGGAAUCCGAUAUAGUCAUACCCGGUUUUCCAUCAAGGUUAGGUAUAUCUUCCGGUACGACUGGGAAACCUAAACAAAUUGCCAUUUCGAAGGAAAGAAAUGUCGCUUUCCUGUUCAAGAUCAUGCCGAUGGUUUUUCAUUUCGUUAAAGUGCAAUACACACCAGCGUUGUCCCCUUUACAGAAGAAAUGCUUGCUGUACGUCCACACUGAGCCUUUGAAAUCUCCUGGAGGGUUGUCCAUCUGUCCGACAACCAUGCUGUCGCUUCCUGACAUUCUUAACCGGAUUCAAUUCAGUACCCCACCAGCAGGGAUGCGACUGACUAACGAACGAUGUGCGCUCUACAUUCACGCCCUCUUUGCUCUCAGGGACCGUUGCCUUGGCAACCUCGGAACCAUCUUCUGCUCCACGAUGUUCACAUUCUUCAAGGUGCUUGAGAGCGAUUGGCCGAAACUGGUCAACGACCUUCGGCACGGACAGAUCGCCAAAGACCUUCGGUUAGAAAGCAGUGUCCGAGGGUCUCUGGAAGCUGAACUGCAAGCUGAACCAGAAAGAGCAGAUGAGGUGGAGAAAGAGUUUUUGAAAGGUUUUGAUGGCAUUGCACUUCGUCUGUGGCCUCAUCUUCAAGGAAUAUUUGCUAUCUCAUCUGGAGCGAUGGUGGUUUAUGCUCGAAGACUCAAGGACAAGUAUACUAAAGGUCUGCCAAUCUUAUCAAGUGUAUACAGUUCCACUGAAGGCACUGUAGCCAUGCUGUACGAUGUCAAAGGAUUAGACUCAAAAUAUAUCAUGCUUCCAUCCGAUGUCUUCUGUGAAUUCAUUCCCGUCGAAAAUGGUCAUGAAAAUCAGCCGCAAACUUUGUUAGCCGAGGAGGUGACGGUCGGACAGUGUUAUGAACUUGCUCUCACAACGGUCGACGCUCUCUAUCGAUAUCGCAUGGGCGACGUCGUAAGAAUCGCUGGUUUCCAUAACAAAACACCGCUACUGGAGUUCCAAUAUAGAACGGGAGAAGUAUUAAAUGUUCGAUCAGAAAAGACACCUGAGGCAUCCGUGGCGGGCGCCAUAACAGCUACCUUGGACCAAUGGCAAGGAUUAACCUUAGUGGACUUCACUGCGACGGAAAGCCCGCUUUAUGAAGAAGCCAUGGAUAUUAAAGACUGGAGUUCCUGCGGAUACUACAUGAUUUUCAUAGAAUUAGAAGAACCUUAUGCAACAUUUGGGAAAGAUCUGAAACAGAGAGAUAAGUUUGCGGCCGACUUGGAAGCCAAUUUGCGAUUAAAGGCCCAACGCUACAACCACUAUCGCAACAUCAACGCCAUUGCUCCCAUUCGACUGAUCUUCCUUCAGCCCGGUGCCGUGGACGAACUUCGUCAAUACAUCUUGGACCGAUCCUCGGCCACCGUUCAACAGCUCAAACUCCCGCACAAGCUCCGCAAGACAGAAUGGAUUCGUCUUCUUUGCAAUCGUGAACUUAUUCAGUGAUUAGAAAGUAUCUGUUUAGAUCUGUUUCAUAAAAUCAGCAGUUUCAUUAUCUUGGGACAUGUCAUCUUGCACUGCACAGUGGCUGCUGAGCCCACGAUCGAUGAAAAAUUUGGCCAAAUUAAUAUUUGGAGGUUUUCUAUAUCUCUGAUUUCUAUCUCAAACAAUACAAUAUGGAUUUUCAGAUUUUCACUUUCAUCUUGGUCAAGCACUGAAACUAUGCUCUUGAAAGUUUUGAGGUCAAAGACUUAAGAAAAUAAUUUUGAGGCUUUCUUUGCUCAUUCAUGUGAUUCAUUUCCCCCAAGAUUUCUCUGUUUUCUUUUUUGUAAAACCGUUUUUUGUAGCCCUCAUAGAAAAGACACCUGGGUCUUAACCCCCUUUAUUACCGACUCUCAAAUGAUGCAGCUUAUAUCAUUAAAUUGCAAAUGUGCAUUCAUAGAGUAUGCAAUAUCCUGCCAUUCAAUAAUUACGUACAAUAAUCUUCAAUCAUAAGUAAAGUACCUUAAGUCAUAUUGCGACAUAGACAAAUAUUGAUAUGAAGAAAAGCAAUAUCUUUUUUUUUUGGUAGCUAUAAACCCAAUAAAUUUUUACACCUUGUUCAUAUUUGUGGGAGAGUUAGAGUAACAAAAUUGUUUCUAGGUUUUAGUUUUCAACUUGUCUUAUUCUAACGAAAUACGAAAUAUUUCACAAAUGGCAUAAGUUAGAUACAUAAACAGCUAUUAUAUUUGUAUUUAUUGAACAAAUAUUUAUUUAAACAACACAGAUAUUCAUUAAAUGAAAGUCUUUGUUUUGUGCUGAACUUUUCUAAGAGAAAUGUGAAGAUGUACAUGUAAUAUCUAAAAAGGUAUGUUAUUUGUUAUGGAUUAAUUUGCCUAUGGCAAAAUAGUGUGCUAUCUAUUUAAUUAAAUUCCUGGUGGGCGUUUCAUAAAGCUGUUUGAAGUUAUGAGGCACUUUACAAAUGACUGGUGGUCCUAUCUUAGGAGCAAAACCAUUCCAAUGAAAAUCUCUUGCGCAUGAUUUCCCUAAAAAAAAAGGAUACCAGUCAUUUGUUAAGUUAGUAACUUAAGAACAGCUUUAUGAAAAACCCACCAGGUAUUCUGUUUUAUAAAUUGCAAGUUCCAUAUUCUUUGAGGUUCUAAACUUCUAAACAUAAUAUUCUGUUUUCUUCAAUGACAUGGCUAAAUCUUACAAUAAAUUAAUAUUUCAAUAGUGGAAUUUGUUUUUUUAAUGAAAAGUACACUUGCAUUAUAUAAAAACAAUGCAAUAUUCAAAUAAAGCUUCGCAAACACAUGCGAAAUGCAGUUUCAAGUUCCAUGAUUUUCAAUAUUUUAGUAAAUCAAAUUUUUUACUUGAAAAAAAUGUGUUUUUCUGUGAAAUUCUGUGCACUUCCCAAAUUUGAUGAAACUUUUGUGUCUUCAAUAUUGUGGAAAAUUGGGGACUUUAUUCUAAUUUAAAUGAGGUAUGGUCUGGUGAUAACAUUGAUAAGCAACCACUUGAGCUAAUCUUAUUCUAUGAUUCAUCAUUUGCAAGCAUGCUGGUAUAGUUCCCAGAGUUAUCAGAAUCAUCAUUUGAGGUAUAUAUACAUGAUUGCCUCUAAUGAAGGUCAUAUUUCAUUUAGCUUUCACUAAAACCCUUACGGUACUUUGUUAUCAGUGCAGAAAUAAUUUUAUAUAAAAUAUUUAUCUCUAGUGCAUGCAAAGGUGUACUAGUAUUUGAAUUAUUUGUAUUGUGUAGACAAUCAUUUGUUUCUUAUUUAGAUGCCUUUGGAAAUGUUUGAAAUUUGUUGUUAUAUUAUUCCAUGCCUUGAGAACAAGGAACUUUGUAUAAUUCAUUAAAGUUUUAAGGCAUAAAUUAGAAAUUUCGAAAUGCUUGCAUGCUCAUCAAAAUAAUAGCAUGCCUUUGAGAUUAUAGAACAAUAUAAUUGUUAUCAUUCACUUGUAUAUUGUACAUAUUCAGCAAUAUUUGUACAUUUCAUGCAAUGUAUUUUAUAAUUCUAAUUUUCAGUGCACAUGAUCAUAUUUCAUUUGCGCAUUUAUGAAUUCUGAAAAGCAAUCAUCUGUAAAUUAUGAUUAACUUCUAUCUCAUAUUGAUAUGUGUAUAAACAUGGUGCCUUCUUUUAUAUCAUAUAUAAGUCUUUUCAAAUAUAUUGGGUGCAUGUGGAUCAUUUUUUAUAUUGUUAUAUAUAUAGAAGGUAACAGACUCAAAUGCAUGACAAUGAAUAAAGAAAAAUACUAUACUA